AAUAUUAAUAGGUAUUUAAUGGCUACAACUAGAAAUUAAAAGCGCACAAAAACAUAUACUUAUGUCAGAAAUGUAGAUGAAAAUCAAAGGAGCUUAAGAACUUAAUCAAAACUGGAUAUUUUGGAAAGUGAUUAUUAUGAUUCACCAAACAAAUUGGCGGAAGAAGAACUUUCUGAUGCAUCUGCUAAUAGAAAGAAAAGCAAGAUGUUGAGAAUUGCUAAGAAGAAAUAAAAUAAUACAUUAAGAAAAAAUGUAAACUUAAAGAAGAUGCUAAAAAAUACUCCAUUGGAUUCUGAGUUCCUAAAUUUCCAGAAUAUUACUCCGAAAGCAAAACCGCAGUAGACUAAAUAGUGUAGUAUAUGCAGAUCGCAAGCCAAAUAUACAUGUCCUAGAUGUUUGGAAAGGUAUUGUAGUUUGGAUUGUCACCAAACUCAUAAGGAAAUACAAUGUUUGCGAAUGGAUUAUUGAUUUAAUAAUUAUUAUUAUACAGG